AUGCGAUGCCAGCGUGUAAAGGAGUGUGUGUGCAGGCCGUGUGGAGGCUGGAAGUUGGCUGUCUGGCUGCUGGCAUCUCUGCUAGGGUCCCUGCUACUGGUGGCUGUUGGAGUGAUACUGCAGAUCGGAGAUUUGACCGAAAUCAGCAGAAGAGCCAUGCCUGCCAAUGGGACCACGACGACGACCUCCAUGAAGACAACGCAUUCCCAAGUGCGUCUGGUGAACGGGCGUGACCGGUGUGAGGGGCGUGUGGAAGUGUGGCACAACGGAACGUGGGGUACGGUGUGUGAUGACGACUGGGACAUGGUAGAUGCCAAUGUGGUGUGUCGGCAGCUGGUCUGCGGUCUGGCUGUGGCGGUGGGUAGCAUCUCAGAGUACGGCCAGGGCUUGGGGCCCAUCAUGCUGGACAACGUAGACUGUAAAGGAGGGGAGACCGACCUGGGACAGUGUGGCAGUCUGGGCUGGAGAAUCCAUAACUGUUACCACUACGAGGAUGUAUCGGUCACAUGCAAAGUUCCAUCAGUGGUGGCGUCACGGAGCCUCGGUGCGUCCACCACUUCAUCUCGGAGAAACUCAGCUUUAAGAGAUGGUAGGAUCCGCUUAGUUGGUGGACUGGACUACUGCCAGGGACGAGUGGAGGUCUUCUACCAGGGCAGCUGGGGGACGGUGUGUGAUGACGACUGGGGUAGGAGAGACGCAGGGGUGGUGUGUCAGCAGAUUGGCUGUGGCCACGCCGUUUCCUCCACCACCAACGCCUACUUUGGUUACGGCACAGGACUGAUUCUACUGGACAACGUCAACUGUAAUGGUUACGAGAACCAGCUGAGUAAAUGCUACAGCCUGGGAUGGGGGAUACACAACUGUGGACAUCAUGAGGACGCUGGGGUUAUCUGUUCAGGUUCAGGCUCCACCACAGUUUCUCCCAAGAACACAAUGCCCAUGGGAAGGGGAUUCUUCCAGACUGCCAGCAUUGCAGUGACCGACCGAACAGAACCAGUCAAGACCACUACUACAACUACCGUGACAAAGACAAUGGUUGCUAUGACAAACAAAGAGCGUCCCAUCCUCCGCGUGGUGAACGGUAAUAGCAGCUGCGAGGGUCGCGUGGAAGUGUUCCAUGAUAACCUCUGGGGCACGGUGUGUGACGACGACUGGCAGCUGCCCAAUGCCCAGGUGGUGUGCAGGCAGCUGGGUUGUGGUCCCGCUAUCGCCGCCAAGAUCCUGGCCUUCUUCGGCUACGGCUCGGGUCCCAUCUUGCUGGACAACGUGGACUGUACGGGCAGUGAAAUGAAACUGGAGAAUUGUUUCAACCUGGGCUGGGGACAGCACAACUGUGGACACCAUGAAGACGCUGGAGUUAUCUGUGCACCCUUUCAGCCUGUUCGAGCUGGAAGAGACUUCACCGUGACAGAAGCAACGCACACCACUAAACCACCAAGUGACGGCAUGGUGAGGGUGGUAGGCGGGCAGCACCGCUGCGAGGGUCGGGUGGAGAUGUUCUCGGGGGCGAAAUGGGGUACGGUGUGUGACGACGCCUGGGACAUGCCAGAUGCCCAGGUGGUGUGUCGCCAGCUGGGCUGCGGGGAGGCUGCUGCGGCUCGCGGGGAGGCCUACUUCGGGCCCGGCAACGGCACCAUCCUCCUGGACAACCUGAAGUGCAGCGGCUCCGAGGUCUCGCUCCAGCAGUGCUCCCACAUACCCUGGGAUGUACACAACUGUGACCAUUCUGAAGACGCUGGCGUCACGUGCUCACUGUCGUGA